AUGGACGAGAGCACCCGAAGCUUUUUGUCCCAGGCUGUGCGGGAUGCCCUGACAUCAUCUGGGAUUGAUCAUGACGAAGGCUACAUUGAUUCUCUCAUCUCUCAAGUUGACAAUGAUGUCCUCCAGGCUCAUCUUGCGACCGCCGGAGGUAAUGUGGAAGGGUCACGACUUCGAACCAGCAGCUUGGUCUUACAGACGCCUCCGGCUUCGCCACAUAAGGGCCUUGGAUCUUAUCGGCUUCUGCAAGCACGGAAAAAGAAUUAUGCUAAUCAGGCAGGCGCAGUGAAGAGAAAGAAGCGAAAACAAAAGACUGCUAAGCCAUCAGCAGAGAGUGGUAACCAAUCCACUUUCCAAGAAGCUGACAAGAAUUCCGCACAAGCGGGCUCUCAUAUUCAGAUUCCGUAUGGUGUCGAUCAAGAGGUAAGCCACCGUCACGUUGAAGCCUACUCCACAAAUUGUCUGAAAGCUCAUUCGUUACCCUUCCUUCAGCUGCCGUCCAGUGACAACGCCGUAACUGACUCUCAAGUUGCUUUACCCGUCAGCACUUUUUCAUCUUAUCAGUCAGGCUCCGCAUAUGCGACAAAAGCCAUGACAUCGAUAUUGAUUGAAUGUCUAAAGGUCAAUUCGGCAAUAGCUCCAUAUGGACAUCAAACCAAUUUGUCUCCAACGAGGACCGACCCUUCCAAGAUCCGGAAAUACGUGGAUGAGAUUGCUGAAUACGAUUACGAAAAGGCCGUCAGAACUAUUCAAAAGGAGGCUGCUCUGGCUACGGGCCGAGGUGUUCAAAACCGGUGCAACGAAACAAUAUUGUGGAAAAUCAUUCUCAAGGGUGCUGCGCUGCUGGAUCAAACAACACUGCCGCCCGCGAAAGGGCCCGCGGAUGGAUUCACUAUGGCAGAGAAGGCCGCAACGAAGAAGUUCAUGGAGGCUGCUGGAUACAAGUUAGGAGCUGAGAACCAACGGCAGUGCCGCAUCUUUUGGAAAAAUCUUUUCCAAAUGCGUGAAGUGGGCAUUGAUAAAGUCCUUUACUACCGGACCAAGGAAUUUGACAGCUAUUGCAGGGGUUACCCUAAAACAGCAGAAAUCUCGCUUGUAGAUGCAACCAUGUCGUGGGAGACCCAAUAUAGACCAUUCAUCGAGCAGCUGGAAACACGUGUUCUUAGACUUGGACAAGGUGACCUGGCGCGCUUUUGCGACCUUGAAACCCCCCCAAGUUAUAGAAAGAUUGGAAGUUCCCAAGUCCUCUUGGAACAAUGCCGGAAAUGA